UUGAAACACUCCAUCUUCCUCACCGGGAUUAUAAAUGGCGGUUUAUGAAGUGGACCUCCACUUUCUUCUUCCCCAAGCUCACAGCUGAAAUUAUUGAAACUUCUUUUUGGAUACCAGACAAGAUAGAAGUUCUGCGGGUUCCAUUUUUCCCCAUUUCUCAAAUGGGAGAGAGAAAAAGUUGCAGCCAAUUCUAAUGCGAUUCAUUAAAUUUGGUUGUUAAGAAGCUGCGAGUCUGUGGAUCUUUCAUGGUUGAGCAGGUGAAACUUUUAAUGGCCAACGCCAUUAAAAGUACAACUCUCUCAGCACAGCAGACUUCCCAAUUCCCACCGACACCUCUAUAUAAAUGCCUGAAAUUAUUACUCUCUCUACGUUUUUCAACUCUCUCUUCACCUGUUUUAUUUUCUUUUAAUUUAUCUCUCUCUCUCUCUCUCUCUCUCUCUCCCUCGCUGGUUGUGGUUUCUGCCCUCUGUUUCUCUCUCUCUAUAGUUAUGGUUUAUUCGAGGAAGUUCAGAGGAGUCAGGCAGCGGCAGUGGGGCUCUUGGGUGUCAGAAAUCCGCCACCCAUUACUGAAGAGAAGGGUGUGGCUGGGGACAUUUGACACGGCCGAGGAUGCAGCACGAGCGUAUGAUCAAGCAGCCAUCUUGAUGAACGGCCAAAACGCCAAGACCAAUUUCCCUGCAUCGAAGAACCAAGCUGAAGAAGGCAGGCAUGGGGAUGGAUCUUCUCCAUUGUCCCCAAAAGCACUUUCAGAGCUACUCAGUACAAAGCUCAGAAAGUGCUGCAAGAACCCAUCUCCCUCCCUGACAUGCCUGCGGCUCGACAGCGACAACGCCCACAUCGGUGUCUGGCAGAAGCGCGCUGGCACUCGCGCUGCCUCCAAUUGGGUCAUGAGGAUCGAGCUAGGAAAGAAGGAGACAGAGACGGAGACGCCAUCCCCGUCGCCGUCAUUGGAAUCGGCAAGCGGGGAAGCAGAUGGCCACCGGAAUGGAAUUGAUGAAGAAGACAGAAUUGCAAUGCAAAUGAUUGAAGAAUUGCUCAACUGGAACUGCCCUCUUCCUUCAACUUCAAGCUAAGUACACAAGAUCUCAACACAAAACUCAACUCUAUAACAAAAAACCCAUAAAACCCAAAACCAAAAAAAGGCUUAAUUAAUCUGUGUUUGACUGUGUAUAUAUCUAUAUAUCUAUAUAUCUAUAUAUCUCUCUAUACAUAUAUUGUUGUGCAAUGGCUGCUUAUUGUUACUGUCAGCCCUUAUAUGAAGCUGUUUGUGGGACUUGGGAAGCUCAAAUCUGUAUAAAGUGGGAGCUUUUGCAUAUAGAUAUAGAUAUAAGUUACUGUUUUAUGUCAGGUUGAAUCAAAAUCAUAGAAGACUUCUGAUCUUUGUAAGUUAUAUAUAUAUAGAAAGAAAAUAAUGUUUGCAGAUUA